GGAAAAGCUCCAUUAAAAACCUCCAGGCUCUCCUCCAUGUUAGAAAUGAAAUGGAAAAUGGAGUGGAUUUAAGAGGAAUCCCUGGUUCCCGCGGCCAGGCUGGAGGAAGGGAGGCGCGGAUCGAAGCCGCAGGCUGCUGAUGUUUUUUGAAAUCGCAAUAAAGGCUGAGAACGGCCGGGCAGGAUGAGGAUUUCCUGACUGGGACAAACGAAAAAGGACAGAUCACCCCUUUCCUUAUGCUAUUCCUCUCUGUGUGUUUAAUUUAUUCACCUCGAUGAUCCUCUUGACUGAUCUGGUAACUGUUAGAGCGGCUGUGACAGCCUGGAAACAUUAGUAUGAUUUCCUGAGUUUGAGAUUUGCUGCUCCCCAACCCCCCCACCCCCAACCCCCCUCCUUCUCCAAACUCAGGAAAAGUCAAUACAAUCGCACUUCAUCUUUCCUUCAUGUGCACUUGGAAGCCCUGGGAGCAGCGAGAGCAGCAGCAAGAAUGAACUGCAGGGAGGAAAAUGACAACUGCACUGACGGCAGCAGGAGCGGCACCAAGAAGAUGCUGAAGUGCGUGGUGGUUGGGGAUGGUGCAGUGGGGAAAACCUGUCUGCUGAUGAGCUAUGCCAACGAUGCCUUCCCAGAGGAGUAUGUCCCCACUGUGUUUGACCACUAUGCAGUAACCGUGACUGUGGGAGGACAACAACACUUGCUGGGGCUUUAUGACACUGCAGGACAGGAGGACUACAACCAGCUGAGACCCCUGUCCUACCCCAACACAGACGUGUUCCUGAUCUGCUUCUCCGUGGUGAAUCCUGCCUCCUACCACAACGUGCAGGAGGAGUGGGUGCCCGAGCUGAAAGUCUGCAUGCCCAACGUGCCUUACGUCCUCAUAGGGACACAGAUUGACCUCCGGGAUGAUCCCAAAACUUUGGCACGGCUGCUUUACAUGAAGGAGAAACCACUCACCUAUGAGCACGGAGUGAAGCUGGCAAAGGAGAUUGGAGCCCAGUGCUAUCUGGAGUGCUCAGCACUCACACAGAAAGGCCUUAAGACUGUCUUUGAUGAGGCAAUCAUGACCAUUUUCCACCCCAAGAAGAAGAAGAAGCGCUGUGCAAAGUGCCACAGGUGCUGCACCCUUGUGUGACGUUCCCUGGGCAGCAGAGCCAGCUGAGUUCAGUGAAACCAAGCAGGUCAGAAAGGCAACGAAGGUCACACACAACUGGAAUGGGGAGCAUGACCAGAAAAAGGUCCUUCCCACCCAAACACAGGAGCUCUCCGUUCUGUGAAACCUCCAAGCUGUAUCACCCUUGGCCAACUCCUGUCUCUGUGCUUUCCUAACCCUCCAGAGCUGCUUUGCAGCUUCUUCCCACUGCUGCAGACUGCACCAAGAGAAACCCGGAUGCCUGCUUGGCUCCCCACCUUUAGGAAUAAGGAGAAGGUGGCUUGUGACAAAACAAAGAGCUAAAGACAGCAGAAGAAACAGGAGAAAUCCUUUUGUGGCCUUAAGUAAGAAUUGAUCAAAAUUUGGGAUUUGCAGUCCUUAGGAAUUGAAUCUGAAUUGACUGAAAGCACGUGGAGAUCUGUAGAAAUCUAAUAUGUAAGAUAUUACACUAUAGGUAAGAUGUACUUUAAAAUUGCUUUUCUUUAAUAAGACUUGCUAGUUCAGGAGAUACUUUAGUUUGUUCAAACCACAUGGAAGCAGAGGUGGAGUGAUUCCAGUUUGUUUUCACUUAAUGGUCAAACUUCACAGCAUCAUCAGGAUGUUUGCUGCACCCAAGCUAUCAAAAUGGAUCAACAUUUACCUCCAGACUUAAGGAAUGUUCUUACAACUAAAAAAAAAUGCAAAUAACUGUAUUUUUUACAGAGGAAUGUUCAGGCUGAGCCAUGUUUCCAUAAGCUGGGAAAGGAAAUACAGAGCUGUAGCAUUAAUGUACUGAAACAAAGAAAUUCUGCCACCAAAGAAUAUUGCCCUGGACAUGAAAUAGCAGCAUGGAACAAUCUCUCUUCCAGCUGAGAAUAAGGACGAGACACAUUGCCAUGGCAACUGAGAAUUUACCUUAUAGAUCAGCUGGAUUUCUACAUCUCACCCAACAGCCAAGAACAGGAAAAAAAAAAAAGCCAAAGGUCAUAGUAGCUUUAAGUGCUUUGAGGUGAUCCAAUUGCCUUAAAAUUAUCCUUUUUUUAUGAAGUAUUUCUGUAAAAAAACUCAUCAAAGUGGAGUUGUGAACUUGUUGACUUAUUGUAGCCUCCCUCCUCCCAUCCAUUUCUUCUCUCUCUGCUCUCAUUUUUCCAUCUUCACAGAGAGUGCUGUUUCAGCUACAGCAUGGCUGCAAUCCUCAGGAGUGGACUUUUCCACCAUGGAGAUGGGAAAUCCAGCCCACAGGGGAAGGGAGGCUCCUGUGAUCUCCCCUUGCUGCUGGGGAAGUUGUGCCUUUUCCCUGAAGCCUCUCCCGGGAUCCUGCAGCUUUGCACAUCACAGCAACACAGACACUCAGAGGUGAACUCGAAGGGUGUUACUUGCAGCUGCCUCUGGGUGCCCUGGCAGAGCCACAGGACUGUCUUCUCAUGGAUUUCAUUCCCCAAGCAGGAAAUCCCAGCACCAGCACACAAGAUCUGAAGAUGGAACUCCUUGCAAAAGCUGUGUCUGUAGGCAGCAUGUCCAGAAGUGCCCAGAGGGAGCAAGUGCCAGCCAUGCCUCAUCCUCGAGCCCAGCCCUGCUCCCCUCUGCACCCACGGCAUGAGGCUGGCAGCCCUCUCCUCCUGGGCACACAGAGCCCUGGCUGAGAACACAGCAGCCCCCAGAGCAGCCAGGGCACUCCAGAGCUGGGGAUGCCCAGAGCAGGGAGUGCCUGCAGCAGGACCAGGGCACGGGAAGGGACCAGGCUUGGUGCAGUGCCCAGCCCUGCAUCAGAACCAGGCUUAGGGACCUGAGCUCCUCCUUCAGCACAGAUUCCAUUUCAAAAAUUGUAGAAUGGUUUGGGUUGGAAGGGACCUCCAAGGUCAUCUAAUAGCAAUCCCCAGUUUACCAUGGACAGCUACAGAAACCCGGACAAAAGUCAUCAGACUUGAGGCAAAUGCUUUGCUCUGUUUUUACCCAGUGGCUUGCACUCACCAUCCCUUUCCCCUUGCACACAAACAUGGAUGAAAACAAAGCUCUGCCAUACCUGGGACAUACAAGUUCUCCUUGCUGCUGGUGAUUUUUGAGAGAAUAUUUUCUCAUAUUUUCUGUUCUGUUUUAUUAAGUCCCAGGCAUUUACUUCAGAUGGUCUGGCUGCUAAAGUCCAGCUCAGAGUGAGGUCAGGGGUCUACACCAUGCCACAGAGUUUGUGUCCUUGCCCAGGCAUAGCAGUGAGUGUCAACAGGACACUGUCUAUCAGCUGAACUAUAAUGUGUAAAAAUAUAUUAGAGGAGUGUGAGGAGAAAUAGGCAUGGAUUAAAUAAAUAAUUAAGCUUAUAACAUGACUAGAAGUCCACUGAAACAACAACAACAACAGCAAAAAGCCUUUAACAGAUUUCAGGGAAAUUAUAUCAGCACUGUGCUGCCUUUUACUUCAGUGGAAAUUAAUUAGGAUGAUUGUUUUAGCUCAUGUAGGUUGCUGGAGAGUGAUGUAUGAGUCUCUGGUGGAAGAAGGUGAAGUCUGGUUUAGCUGAAGCACAAUGGAAAUGCUCAGGUUGGAGCUGCCUGGUUUUCUUAGAGCUUCAAAAAAUGUGGAAAUAGAGGAAAUAGAAACUGCAGAGUGACAGCUGAGCUCAUCCUGACAUAAUGAGCUGGAAAAGUGAAAUGGAGCGCCCUGGCAUGCAUCAGGGAAAGCCACAAAUAAUCAAAUUGGGUUUUUUUGCCACUGAGUACCAGGGGUGAUUGUUAAUCUUAAUGGAAUGGCAUAGGAUAGGCAGUAAAAUCAAAAAUCAAGUGGGAAGUUGUAGCAUUAAAGUAACUGCAGUGGUUUGAGGGAAGUUAACUACAAAACCUAUGCUGCUAAUGUCCUAAUGUGUUAAACUGCAGCAUCCUGAACAAAUCUUUCCUAGAGGAAGCAGACAAAAAAGUGUUAUAUACAGACAAAAAAUGUUAAGGCUAAGCAGGGGUUUCUUUGUCCUUACAAAAUGGAGCACGUCAGGCUUGUGAGGCAGUAAAAUUACAAGUUUUUCAAACUGAUUUUGACGCAAGUUUGAAUUCUGGGAGCUGCAAGAGAGGGAGAGUGGUCACAGUCCACUGAGAAAUGGCCUCUGCACUCCAUUUAUUUUAAUUUUUCUUCCAGCAAAAAUAAAUAUUUUUUGAAAAGCCAUGUUUAAUGGCAGGUCCCCAUAAACAUUAUUCCCGUGUUAUGUUAUGUACACACACCUGCCCAUGAAAUGUGGUAAUUUCUCAAGGAUCUGCCCUGUUACAUUACUUUUUUGGGGAGGCAGGUACAGCACAGACCAAGAGGCUUUAGAAAGGGAUUGUAGGCAGAUGUAAGAAGAGUCAUUGACUAUCUGGCAAGUCAUACCUAAUGCCUUUUUUAAAAGCAGCAGAUGGUGUGUGAACAGGCAGUAAAGCUUAUUUUCACGAAAACCACAACACCAGACAUAGUGCAAGUGCAGGCAUAAGGCCACAGAUACAAACUUCAAGUUAUUUUCAAGCCCCACUAGUAAUAAGGAAAGAAAAUCAAUAAAGGACUGCCAGGUGAAGAGAGAUGGGUUUACUCACUGUGAGACCAGCUAGAAAUCAGAUCCCAAUUUCACCUUAAAAGGAACACUGCUAAAGAGAGUCAUAAAGGUUAGAAACCAUCCCUGGAGCUUAUUUGACAACAUCCCCUUAAUGCAGCUGAUGUCAAAGCCUCUCCUGACAGACCUGCCUCUGCUAAUGGUCUGCUGUCAUUUCAAAAGCACUCACAACUUAUAGGAAACUUGUUGGAUCCUGUAAAACCCAUCUCCUUUGGCCUCUUCUGAAACCUUCCUCUCCUACCAAGAGCUCUUAAGCUGAAGUUGCAGUUUCAAAGAGUGUUCCCAAAGCAUUUUCAUGCAAACCCCUGCGAGGAGAUAUUAGAGGUAUUUGAGAGAGAUCUCAAUUCAUCAGAGAGUUGCUAUCACAUUAAAACCACCUACAGGUGCCUCUGCCCUUGAGAGUCCUGUGAAAACACCAGGACAGUGGGACUGGGACAGUCCUGCCACUUCCAGCAUGACUUGAAGGAGGUCCCACAAAAACUCACAGCUCGUCUGUACCUCCCAGAGCUCUGAAAAGUUGGGGAGAAGACAGAAAGAAGGCUCUAACCCCACUCAGGUCCAUUCUCAUUUGUUCAACUGGAUAUACGCCCUGUGUAGGUACAGACUUCACCCCAAGUCCAGCAUGGCAACCAAAACAAUCAUUUCAGCAGCUGACGUUGAUAUUUCUCACCUUUUUUCUCUUUUUAAGCACUCAAAGCCUUCAAAAUAGACACAGAAUUAUAUAUAGCAAUGCAUCUUAAUAUGAAAUAAAGUUAUUCCAAAUACUUUUAUUACAGGGACAGAUUUUGGCAGUUCUCAUACUGAAGAGAAUCUCACUUCACAAGGAGCUGUCUCCAAGCUGUUCAUGUCUCAUUCAACCCCAUUGGCACUGCUCAGGUCAUGAGGGAGGCUGAUUUGUGACCCAUUCUUGUAGUUUAAUUACCAGAAAGCCUCUUCCAGCCCUCUGCUGUUGGUGGCCUGUGUUCUUUGGAAUACCUUCAGGAAUGGUGACUCAAUCACUUCCCUGGGCCUAUCUCUCCCUUUAAUUCAUAUAUGAAAAAUGCCCAUCUGCUUUUAUACCUUGCUUACAGGCCAUGACCUUUUCCUGGACCUUUUUUUCCCAAGUGACACAGCAAAUACCUCUUGAAUACCACAUGGAAACCUCACCUGGAUUAAAAAUAAUUUGCAGUGGCAUCAAUCUGUCUCAGGCCAGGAUUGUCUGAGAGCACAUUUGUCUUCUCCAACAAAGCAAUCCAUAUGCUCACAUUGGCCCAGGGACCAUUUGUUAAACAAAGAGGUAGAAUGUAGGGGCCUGGCUGCACAUGCCUUUCUCCAUGUAUUGUCUUUUUCCCUGAGGAGGACCUGUGAUGUUCUUUCAUCCUAUAUUAAAAAAAGAAAAUCUGGAAAUAACAGAACAUUUUGUUGGUUCACCACUCUACAGGACUGGAGGAGCAUCUGCUGUGACAGGAGGUGAGCAUGGAGUGACCCACGUCAGAUAACUUCUAGACACCUUUGAGCUCCUUGCAAAAAUGAAGACAAAUUUCCACUAUGAAUGUUUAUUUUCCUCUUCAUGAAUAAAGACCAUCUGAAAGCAGGAAAAAGCCUCCCACUGAUUUCUGUAGUGGCUUGUGAUCUCAGCUGUCUUCACCUAUCAAAACAAAACAGGAACAGAAAUAGUUUUGCAUCAAAAAGUCAGGACAAAAUCACCAAUUAGAAGUCAUGAAUGCAACAGAAUCACUUCUGCUUCGGGGGAGAGCUGCAAAAUCAGGGCCCAGAGCCACAAUUAGUCAGUUUGAUCCUCAACCUUAGAUUUCAUUUUAAGAUGUUAAGGGGACGCCCAUAACUAGAACAGCAACAAUGAAAAGUCUUCAAAUUCUCUUUUCUUUGUUUCAGUUAAAGCUUUCAGAAACGUGGGAACAAUAAUCUGCUCUCUUGGGCAGUUCCAGGAACCACACCAUAACAGCAAAAAGAGUCAGAAGCUCAUUGUAAGAGGAAAACAAGUUCAGAAACCCAGAGCAACAAGCAAAAAAUCAUGUGAAUUGCUGUCAGUGGUGAAAAAUCUCUUUAAAUUUGAAAAUAUGGAUCCUCAUCCCUUUCCAGAUUGUACAGACCAUAAUGCAGCCUUUGGCUGCUUCUAACUAUAAUGGUAGGGUGGGAUUUUCAAAGAUGCUCUAUGUUGGCUUCAUUUCAGUCCUCAUGAAGGCAAUGGAAAAUGUCAAUGGGGUCCACACAUGACUAAUGUGGAAAACGUUUGAGAGUCUUUGUAUUUCCUCCUUUUCUGACCUUUUAAUUUGGCUGACCAAGCCUUGAGCCAGGUCCAAGAAUUUUUUAUACCUUCUGGCUGCUCCUGAAAGGAGUUGGGGCAUCCACAGACUUUGCUGAUCUCACCUUUGGAGGCUGGAUCUGAAACACCUCACUACUGAGCUGAAGAUGAAAGUGGUUACAUUAACAAUGUAAUAUUCAAGACAUAUGAUUAUCUUUGCUUAAAGAACCUGAAAUCAUUGCUAUCACUUAAUUUCAUCUCAUCCCAUUCAGGGCACCAGGUUUGAUGUGGUUUUGGUGAAGAUCAUUUUGAGCUCUCACUGACACCAGCUCUGGUGGAUUUUGACUUUGAUUGGAGGUUAACAAAUUCAGAGGAAACAGUUGUCACCAGUCUACAGUUUCCAGAUCUUCCAACACAACAUUUGUUUGUAUUGAUAACAUGUAGAAAAAUUUGUCUGAUGUCUGUCAAAGUAGUUUGUGGGUAAAUCAUAUCCAGAGUGUGGCUAUCAUGUCAUCUCUCUCAAUAGUUUUCCCCUAAAUAAUCAGCUGUUCUAACUGCAUCACAGACUGGCAGGCACUGAACUGCCCUGUCAGCGUGGAGCAAAUGAGCCCAAACUCUCCCAAAGCUUGUAAAUAUUAAUUCACUAAUAAGCAAUAACAAAAGGUUUUGUGAGAGGGGAAAGACACUGGCAAAGUCUUCUUCACUCAUGAGCAGAGGUGACCAAAGCCCAGGGUGCCAGGUGGGGAAUGCUACAGAGGAAGAUGUGGUAUGGUGGCCCUGAUGCAGCCCAAAAAAUAUGGGUUGAGGCUGGUGAGUGGGCUGGGAGGUGUCUCUGUGGAGUCACAGCUCAGCAGCACCUCGAGACUGGGAGGACUUCAAAGAAGGCUGCAGGGAGGAGCAGGGAGAUGGAGUGUGAGGAAAACUGCAUCCAGUUUAAUGUGUUGUGAUGCUGAUGCACUCACACAAAUACAAGAAUUUCACUGCACAGAGAUUCUCUGCUCCCCCGAGAACACAAAGACAAGGACACUUCAUUCCUUUCUUUUUGUGCUUACUUGAUAGUGAUACUUAAAAUUAUUCCUUUAAGAAAUGCUUAAAACUAACAGUUCAAAAAGUUAUUCUGGUGGAGUUUGUGAAGCAGAUGCAAUGACCUCAACACAAAUCAGGACCUAACUCAUCACCAGUCAGGUGUUAGCCAGUUAGGAGAAAGAGUCAUUUACUUGAUGUGAGCAACUGAAUGUUUCUCUCUUAAAAGUUGCUGUGUGCAAUAUUGCUGGAAUAUGGGGCUGGUGAAACCAAAGGAUGGGCACUAAAAGAGUAUGUGUGACUUUUGAGUGGUAUGCCUCUUUUUCAAAGAUUAACCAAAUCUUCAGAAUUCAAAGCAAAACAAUUUCAAACCAAGGAAAUCCAGUUUUCAAGCAAAUGCGUUCUGCAUAGUUUAAAAAUCAUGUAAACACUAUUAAUUUCCUAUUUACAGCACAUAAUUCUGUACUCUUUUGUUUAUCAUCUUUUAAACAUGUAAUUACUGUAUAUUGUAAUGCACAUUAAUGUCAUUUACUGUACAUAGUUUAUUUUAACAAAAUAAAUGUAUUACAAACUAUUUUGACAGCA